AUGGGCUGUUCUCUCUCACGUGCAGAUCAGAAGACCCGCCCAGUUACGUCACGCGUAGGCAUGCUGCCUCAGCAGGAAGAGGAUCAAAGAUAUGAGGAAGAAGAUGAAGUAUAUGAUGAUCCAGAUCCUCAAAUGUAUAAUUACGGGGGGCCUGAAGAAGAUGAGGAAAGAAUUCCAUGUGAAGUCUCUUUCCAAACCCUCAUGUCAAGUCCUGGCGAAAAAAGAGUUUUUGAAUACAAAUUUUUAAGAUUAAUAGGUCGAGGAACGGGCGCUGAAGUCUAUUUAAUAUUAAAUACAGAAACAAAUACGUAUUAUGCAGCAAAAGUUUACGACAAAACGAUGCUUCAAUACAAUACUUUAAAUAAUGGUCCUACCAUACAAAAAGUUCUUCAAGAAAUUCAAGUAAUGUCAAUGAUUAAAUGCAAAUAUUGUAUCCAAUUUAAAGAAGUUUUAGAAGAUCAAGUUUAUAACGCAUAUUAUAUUAUCGAAGAAUUUGCAGAUAACGGCUGCUUAUUACCUCAAAAAGUGAAAACCACGCCGAUUCCAGAGGAAAAGGCCAAGGAUGUUUUCUUCCAGAUUUGUCAAGGAGUACGUUAUUUACAUUCUAAAAAUAUUGUGCAUAGAGAUUUAAAGCCGGAAAAUAUAAUGACAUUUUCUGACGGGCAUGUAGCAAUUGGCGAUUAUUCAGCAGCAAGAUUCAUGAUCGAUUCAGAAUAUUUAGAUGAUACAGAAGGAACACCAGCGUUUACGUCACCGGAACAGUUUACAGGCCAACCAUUUAAAGGUAAGCCAGCUGAUGUGUGGGCUUGCGGAGUUUCUUUAUUUAUUAUGUUAUUCGGUUACGUUCCUUUCUUAGAUGGUAGUAACAAUGACUCGGUUUAUCUUGCGGUUUGGGUUAGAAAUUCAGAGAGGGUUAAAAAUGAUCCUUUAGUGUUUCCUGAUUCUAUACCUGUAUCAGACGACGCAAAAGAUUUAAUAUUGCAUUUAAUGGAUAAAAAUCCUGAUACGAGAUUUACUAUUAACGAUGCUUUGCAUCAUAAAUGGUUCCAAUCUCUACCUAAUUAUAACGAAGUUAUGUCUUCAUUGUACUUACCUUCAAUAGCUGAAAAAGCUCAGAAUUGA